GCCCGCGACACGCACACAAGCUAUAGCCAUGGCCGCCGCCGCGCUCAUCGUGCUCCUCCUCGCCGUGGCCACCCCGGCCAUGCAUCCGCAGACGGCGUCGGCAGCGGGGGCCGACAAGGAGACGCACAUCAAGGUGUACUGGCACGACGUGUACAGCGGGCCGAGCCCGACGGCGGUGGUGGUGGCGAAGGCGGCGACCACCAACAGCUCCAAGACGGGCUUCGGCAUGGUGGUGGUCAUCGACGACCCGCUCACCGACGGGCCCGACCUCAACUCGUCCAAGAUCGUGGGGCGCGCGCAGGGCACCUACAUCGCCUCCGGCAAGGACUCGCUGGCGCUGCUCAUGAACAUGAACUUCGUCUUCAGCGCCGGCCAGUACAACGGCAGCGCCGUCGCCAUCAUGGGCCGCAACUCGGUCAUGGACGAGGUCCGCGAGAUGGCCGUCGUCGGCGGCACCGGCGUCUUCAGGUGGGCGCGCGGGUAUGCGCAGGCCAGGACGCACACCUUCGACCUCAAGACCGGAGACGCCAGCGUCCAGUACAACGUCUACAUCAGGCACUAGCUACCCACCACGGCUGUGGUCGAGUUUAUUUCACCAUGGAAUAUGUUCUUUGUGUUGCUUUAGUUCUCAUCGAUACAAACGGCGAGAGGAGAGAAUGUUUCAUGUAACGCUAACAUUUGAUUGUUGUACCUUGGAAUAAUAAAUUUAAAAAGAAAAAAUUGGCCAUUUGACACC